CGCAGAAGGAGGGAAGGGGGAAGCAGCCUUCAUUCUUAUCUUGCGCUUUUUGGUGUGUGGGUGUGAGGAAUGGUGAUUUUUCCACAAUCAACCGGGCGUUCUUUUGCCCUCAGUUUCCAUUUGGAGAUCCACGGGGACACAUCAACUAGGAGGAUGUUACGAUAUAUGCAACUAUUAUUGAUUAUUAUUAUAUAUGUUGGGGUUCACACCGUCACAUCGUUAGAGUCUGAUGAUGUUUCUCAGAAUGAGAAUGCGAGACAAGGAAAGCUACUGUCACUCUUUCAAAUAGUCAGAUUCACCAAUGAUCCUUGUGUUGGUCAAGGAAACCGAAAUGGCACUUGUUACACAACUGCAGAAUGCGCUUCCAAGGGUGGCUUGAGUAGCGGGACUUGUGCUCAAGGAUAUGGUGUCUGUUGCUCAUUCGUUGGCAAUUGCGGAGGCACAUUAAGCGAAAACGGAACCUAUUUUGAGUCCAAUGGAGGGGAAACUGGCGCAUGCAAGCUGAAGAUUUGUCCUUGUAGCGAUAACAUUUGUCAGGUACACUUACUAAUCGCGAGGUUAUAUUUUCUGGUUACGUGUUUGCUCAAAUGCCAAGACAUCUAGUUAUGGUUUUUCUUUGUCAAAGAGACAAAAGGAACAACUUUUGUGAAAUGCACAUGUUUAAAAGUAGCUCAGA